UGGCGCGCGGCCCGCUGGCGGGCGCGCCGCGCCCGCCGGGCGGGGCCGAGGCGCCCGCCCCGGGCGCGCACCACCAGCAGCACGUGGUGGGGGCCGUGCCCGGGGUGCCGCCCGCCACGCCGCCGUCCCUGCUGGGCACGGUGCCCCUGGGGGCCUCCAGCGCGCCGAUGGACCUCGGAGAAGGGAAAGCUGGGCCUGGUACCGCCGCGGGGCUGGGCGCCGGGGCCGCUGCUGCCGCCGUCGCCCGCCGCCGCCACCAGCCUGCUGGGCCACGCGGGCUACGCGCCAGCUGGCCUGAGCCCGCCGACCGGGGCCGACGCUGCCGCUGCCCUCACCGCGCCGGCGCCGGGCGCCGCGAUCGCCGGGCGGUGAGGGCCGCGCCGGCGCGGCGCAGCGCCGGGGCGGUGCGGGCGAGGGUUCCCAGAUCAUCCAGGGAGUCUGAAGCAACCAGGGCUGGGGGUGAAUGACCGCGACCGCCUGGACGCUCUUGCGCCUUUUUCCCGCCCCAGCGAGGGCGCGGAGUUCUGGCGCCAACGUGUACCAUUGAGGAUGACCCAGUCAGUCCAGAAAGUGACUGCGCAACUUGUGGCAUCUGGGCCUGGCCUGAGGCGCAGCCGGCCGCGGCGUGCGUUCUUAGCCGUCGCGGGCAGCUUCUGGCGCCGACUGCCGCGGCCUUCGCGAUCAGCGUAUAGUGGGGGGACGAA